UCCUUCCGUUAACCAAGGUGGUUUGUUUAUAUUUACAUUUAAAAUAAAAUUUAUUUCUAGCUUAUUUAUUAAAAUUUUUACAAUUUUUAUUAUCUCAACAUCCUUGGUCAUUUAAUAAUAUUUCCACAAACAUCACUUAACUAGAAAAACUACCCCUAAAAUAGUAUGUUUGAAACAAAACUCCCUCGUAAAAUUAUUGGCAUGCAAAGAAAACCUAUUAUAAACACUAGCUACACCCCAGAAGCUCUUGAUGAAUUUUUGCAUGGUUAUAAAGGUGCAUACGCAGAUGAAGUUCGAAAAGAACAAACAAAGUGGCCACCAUCUUUAGUUAAAGAUAUAAACUAUAUAUGGCCAUCACAAGUUAUUUUGCAACCCAGUUCGUCUAAUGGACAGACAAUUACCCUCGAUGUGAAAUCAUAUCGAAAUGAUAAUUCCAAUCAAACAAGUACAAAGUCAUUGAAUCAAAUUGAUCAUGUCAAUGAUGAUUCAAUGAAUUGCAGAAGACUAUCUGCACUCGAAAUAAGUAAAAACUUUGAACGUCUCAAAGUUAAAACCAAAGAAGCUCCACAAUUCCCCACAACUUCCUCCUUAGAAACUCAUAAAAACGAUCAAUCGAAUAUUAAACAAGUUUCCGAUGAGAAAGAGAAACUAACCACUUCUCACGAUUCCAUGAAAGCACUUUGCUUAUCCUGUGCUGAUGAUGGCGAGAAAAUCGCUCGCAUCCACUGCUAUCGUCCAUUCUUCAAGAAGAUCGAUGGUCUGUGUGAUCGCAUUAAGCAGGACUUAAUCCAUCAUGACAGUGUCAUUCCACAUAUUAACUCCCAUGGCAAUGUGUGGGCCAUAAAAGAUCUUGUCUUCGUUUGUACUCGAAUAAUCAAUGCAUGGAACAUAACCAGAGGAUAUGUUUAUGAUCCUUCUGAGGGUUUGAACAAAGUCCGAUCAUCUUUGAAUCCCGACUUUAUACCAAGUUUCGUUGCAUGGCAGGAAGCCACAUCAAAAUUCAUUGAGAAUCUUAUGAUGUCAUUUCUGAGUCUUGAUAUUUGGGUUCAUACUCCAAAUAAUACGCUUAAAAGAUUGGAAUUUCAGAAAAAAUUGGAUGCAUUUAUGGAAAGUAUGUUGAAGCAGACAAAAUCUUGUUACUCCACCCAACGACGCAAAAAUCAAGACAAUCAAUAUUGGGAGCAAUGUGGUUGUGAUCCAUGUAAAAUGGUUUUAUCCAGCCAAUCUACCCAUGAUGCCUUAUUGGAACUCUGUAUUGUUUGUACUGAAUAUGGAGAAAAAGUCGCCCAAAACUACAAUAGUCGUGCAUUCUUCAAAAAGAUCGACACUUUGUGCAGUCGUACUCGAUUUGAAUUGAUGCAUUGUGACAAUGCUUUGUCCAAUCUUAACUCCCAAGGCAUUGUCUGGGCAAUUAAGGAAUUGAUAUUCUCUACGACCAGAAUAAUAAAUGCAUGGAAUAUAGCCAAAAGUUAUGUGUAUGAUUCUUCAGAGGGUUUGGAUAAAGUUAGAGCUGGUUUAAGUGGGCAAUUUGUUUCGAGCUUUAACACUUGGCAGGAAACCACAAAGGUGUUUUUGGAGAAUUCACGAAUGUCUUUUAUAAAACUAGAUAAUCUUGCACAUAUUGAAAGUAAUAACUUUAAAAAAGAUGAUGCUUCAAAAUUGAUGAAGGUUUUUAAAGAUCAGUUGCAGCAAUUGAAAAGCUCAGAGGUGUUUUUUAGGACACUCUUCUGUCGGAAUUAUUUUCCAGAUUUUAUAGAGCAGACUCCUGACUUUCUGGAUAUUCGUUCGAUUGUCAAUAAACUCCAUAAUGGUGGUUAUGGACAUAUAUUUGAGGUUGUCCACGAUGUUCGUUUUACUAUAAAUCAAGUGAAAAAGUACCUAAUGAGAAAUAUCGAUCCAAAUCUAGAUCGAGCAGUUAAUGAUUUUCAAGCAGAUGUUGAGAAGAUUCUUGCUCAAAAGACAUUUAAAAAGUAUCAAUUUGAUCAUAUUGAAGGGAGACCAAAUGAGAUACUUUUAUAUUACAAUAUUUGAUUAUUAUUAUAAGGAUUUUUUCUUUCUUGUCUUAAGCUAUAUGAAUCAUAUUUUUAUGUUUAAUGUUUUUGUGAAUUGAAUUGAGUGUGAAAUGUGUGUUUAUUGUAUUAGAUUUUUAAGAAAUAAUUCUACUUUCUACAUACCUGUGUGAGAAUGAAGAUUUUGAAUGAAUUUUAUGUGAAAUAUUUGUGUGGAAUGUUUGUCUUUUUGAAAAACACACAGCAAUACA